AUGCGUCCACUUUUCCCCGACGUGGUCAUUAUCGGCGCAGGACUUAGCGGGCUUGUAGCUGCUAGCUAUCUCUGCGCUGAAGGCCUCAAAGUUACCAUCAUCGAGCAAAAGCCCGGACCAGGAGGCGUGUGGAAUUCAGUACCAAAGAAGCAUGGUCGAUGGGAAAAGCCAGUCUACUCUGCUCUUGAAACGAAUAUACCACGCCAAACCAUGACACUCUCCGACCAAUCAUGGCCUACUGGUACUCCACUGAUGCCUCACAACAAGCAAGUCAAACAAUACCUGGAACAGUAUUGCUAUCAACUUCAGCAGAAGUACGAGCACAAGAGACUGCUGUACAUCCAAUACAAUGCCGCUGUUGUGGAGGUGAAGAAGUGUCAGCAGGACUACAACGAGAAAUGGAAGACCACCAUUGAAAGUCUUCAAUCAGAGGUCCCACAGUAUGAGAACCUUCACUCUGACUUCGUCGUGGUUGCCGUGGGAAAUUACCAGACCCCAUUCUUUCCAUUCUACCCAGGACUCAACGAGUGGCGAGACACUCACCCGGAUUCUGUGUCGCAUGCACUCUUCUAUGAAAAUCCUAACGACUUUCGCAAAAAGGCAAAUCAACUAGAUCUUUUUUCUUUGAGACUGAAUGUACUCAUGAUCGGAUACGGCCCUUCGGGUUUCGACAUCUCUUCAAAGAUCGCCAAAGUCGCCAAGUCACUCGUCCUCUCCACAAGCCGUCCGGACCAAGCAUUGGCGCCAGGCGUACAUCUUGGGCUGCCCGAAAUUGCUCACCUGGAUGCCCCCAGCCGCACUGCCAUCUUUAAGAGCGGCGACAAGUCUGAUAGUAACAAACCUGGAGGUGUGUUUACGGGAGUCGAUAAGAUCCUUUUCUGCACCGGAUACAAGUACAAUUUCGAUUUCAUCAAGACACCCAAUGGCGCUCCGCUCCUCGAUGAGGGCUUCAUGGUUGCUGAGGUAUACCAACACACUAUCUACCGUCCCGAUCCAACCCUCGCGUUUCUGGGCUUGCCAAAGGGAGGUCUAUCUUUCAUCAUUGCCGAGGCACAAAGUGCGUUGAUAGCUCGGGCAUUCAAAGGCCGUCUUCUCAUCCCCAGUGUACCUUUCAUGAAAUCUCUCAUCGAUCAAGAGAAGAAAAAAUGGAAAGACCGAGUUCAGAGGAACGAGGUGCGAGACAGCUCCUAUCAUGAUUUGGGCGGAGGCAACGACAAGGAGUAUGUCAACCAGCUAUGGAAGGUGUGCCAAGCUGCAGCGCCACCUUCUGCUGGGAAUCUAGGCAAGGCACCACCAUAUUGGUGCAGUUGCAUGGACGAUGCAAAAGCACAGACUGGAAUGGUUCGUUUGAGGUACAAAGCGCUGGGCGAAAAGAGAGUCAGGUAUAGCACUUAUGCUUCAGUAGGCGGUGUGCUCCCAACUUCUUGUCCGACGCACAGCCGUCUUGAGCAAGAAGUGAGCCCUGGAGGGGGCUUGGCAUGUUGCUACAUUGGACAGUAA